AUGCGUCUCUUCAACGCAACAACCCACCAACUAACCGACUUCCUCAGCGAUGUUCCCCCCUACGCCAUCCUCUCCCACCGCUGGCAAGACGAGGAAGUCAUCUUCCAGGAUAUCGUUUCUGGGGCUGCACGCACCAAAAAAGGCUACGAGAAAAUCACACAAUGCUGCGAGCAGGCCCUCCGCGAUAACCUGGGGUAUAUUUGGGUCGACACCUUCUGCAUCGACAAGACCAGUAGUGCUGAGUUGUCUGAGGCGCUGAACUCGAUGUAUGAGUGGUAUCAGAAUGCGGAGGUGUGCUAUGCUUAUUUGUGUGAUGUCGCUGAGGAUACUGUUGAAGUAACGUCCGGAACAAGCAAGGGCGGAGGGUUCAGUGGGAGUGUAUGGUUCACGCGCGGCUGGACGCUGCAAGAACUCCUUGCGCCUGCGCGGGUGGAAUUCUUCAAUGCGGACUGGCACCCCAUAGGCUCCAAGUCUGAGCUGAAGAGCAUCAUCGCUGGUAUCACCGGAAUCCAAGAGGAGGUGCUGGAUGGGACCCUCCGACCACAAGAGCUGAGCAUCGCGCAGCGCAUGUCCUGGGCUGCGGAGCGGGUGACCACCAAAGUAGAGGAUAUGGCGUAUAGCCUGCUGGGCUUGUUCGAGAUCAACAUGCCGAUGUUGUACGGGGAGGGGAAGCGGGCGUUUAUCCGGCUGCAGGAGGAGAUUAUGAGGCAGUCGGAUGACCAAACGCUGUUUGCGUGGAAGAGUUUGAGCGCAGACAAUACCUACCGCGGGCUGCUGGCGCAGUCGCCGGCGGACUUUAAAGAGAGCGGCGCGUUUGUUCAGGCGGAGCAGAGGUUCAAUCGGAGUCCGUUCGCGGUGACUAAUAUGGGGAUUAGUAUUGAGCUGGCUGUUGGGCACUGGACUAUGGACGUGUACCUCGCGGCGCUGGACUGCGAGAUGCAGGGCAAGAAGAAACGAGUGGGGAUCUUCCUCUCUCCGUUGCCGGAGGACAAUCAAUAUGCGAGGGUAAUGUGCGCUGGGGAGGAUCUGCCGACGUUUCCUGCAGACUUGAAGUCCGAAUAUCGCAAGGUGUACGUGAGACAGAGAAUCGCAGGGACACGAAGGCCCCCGGAGCGCAUGUAUGGGUUCUGGCUCCGGCAGUUUCCCCCCGUUUGGAAGGGCCCUCACUCCCAAUUCGAGGUGACGGCGUACCAUCCCUGGGACGAAAAUGAGCGCAAGCUCUGCAUUCCUCCGGGGAAGCGGGGCACCGCAGGAAUUAUCAGAUACUCCAUGGGACAGAACCACGUCGUGAACCUGCGCGUCGGAUUCGACGCCAUGCUCAACCCAGUUGUCCAGUUUGGGGGCUCCCUCAUGACAGACGCUCGGCUCAGAGCUCGCGACCCCAAUGCCUUCGAGGUGCAGAUGGCAGACGACUGGAUGGACGAACGGAGGGACCGCGUUUUCAUCGGAGACAGGAACCACGGACUCAGCCGGAACGACGGAACAAUCCGGAUACUGGUCCUGGAGGAGGUCGUCAAGAGACAGCGGAUGUGGGUAGUCUAUAUCGCGGAGCCGGAAAAAGGAGCCUGGCACAAAGACUGCGUCUGCAACGGAUGCCUGCUUACGGUGUUUGGGACUCGAUAUCGAUGCAAGUUAUGUCCUAGAUUUGACUACUGUUCCGAUUGCUUCCAGAACGCGAAGCGUACGCAUCCGGGCCAUAAAUUCCAAGAGGACAAUCCUGUUUGGCAUGCUGGAGUGUACUGUGACUGGUGUAGUGAGGUGAGUCUCCUGCUUAUCUCCUUGUGCUUCGGCUGA